GUCACAACGAAUAAUUUUAAAAUUAGUAUUUGCCAUUUUCUCUGUGCUACCUUCGGUAUGGGGAUUGAACGACGAAUUCGUACGAGACAUGCACUGUAUCCCACCACCUAAGGCGGAUGCGGUUGGGAUGGAUUUGAAAUGGUUUGGAUCUGUUGAAAGAUUUUACAUUCCACUCUGGGCAAAGUUUUAUGCACACCGCGUCGCUGGCGAAUUGCUAUCUCGGGAUCCUCGCUUCAUUUCUGAGUUCGAAUUGGGCCCUUCUUCUUGUUUGGUGAUGAAAAAGGAUAACUACGUGUCCGGAUUUGGGCACGAAAUCAGAUACAAUAUGACUGGAGACGCGAACUCUAUUUCGUUUCGAGCGCCAUGGUCGGGAGCUAAAUCUGGAAAGUUUUCUUUCCAUAUGACCGACAAUAAGAGUUAUGUUCUGGGAGUGACUUGCUGGGAAGACGACCAAUCCUCGUGGACUGUUAUGUCAACGAAGACCUGCUUAGAACCAGAUGUACGAUCGAAAGUUAUCGCGUAUGUCAAGUCCCUCGGCUUCAAUACGAACAAUGCCGUCGAUGAAAACUACGAGAUUUGUGGGAAACUCUAUGGAGGAAGCAUGCCCCCAUAUCUCAUGCUGAACAAUGCUCCAGUGGCUUAUUUUAAUCCAUACACGUAUUUUAGCAUGGGGUAUAAUCAAAAAUAUUAACAAAUAGAUUUAUUCAGAAUGGUGGUAAUUCCUGCAACUAAAUAAAAAUAUUUGCAAAAAUCCCCUCUGUUUUUCACUACUUUGGGUUAUGACUACGUGCAAUAUACAUACGCAAGCAGCGUGCAUUCCUAUGUAGUUACGAAGAAAAGAAACUAGUUAUGAUUUAUAUUGCUACUUAGGUAUUAUCUUUGAACUGAAUUACUUAAUCAAUUAAAAUCAGGAUGGUUAAUCAUCAUAAUUUUAAUGCUACAACUUUUUACUACUGUUUCUCUCUACAAAUAUUUUGGACUGUGGCUUGUUGUCCUUGAGGUAUAUGAUGAGUACAUGGUACCGUUUUUACGCGAUGGACACAGACAGACACACCUCCUUCCAGACAACCUUAUUAAAUGUCCAUAUGAAUUUGUAUACUUUUUGCACUCGAUAAUUUCUUCAUUUUAUCAUAUUAUUAGUAUGGUUUUUGCUUGUUCAGAUUUCCCCGGUACAUACAGACCCUUUAAAUAUUGGACAUGGUCAUGAAUAAAUCAGUAGCGUCUGAUCAUUCAGGUGAAAAGGAGGUUAAAAUUUUUCCACAAAUUCGGUUAAAAUGAAGCUCAUCAUUAAUCUUUUCGCCCUGGUAAUAAUUGCCAGUGGGCUUGACGAGGAUGCCGUAAAGGAAUUGAAAUGUUCAGCAGUAUCUUCGCCAGAUUCUGGAAUUGAUUUGAAAUGGUUUGGCUCUAUCAACCAAUUUUACGUCCCUCUGUGGAACCAACUUUAUGCUACGAGAACCGCAGCCGAUUUAUUAUCUCAGGACGCACGGCAUAUUCCGUUUGAGGCAGUGCAACCUGCAUCCUGUUUGACCAUGAAUAAGGAUAGCACGAUCUCUGGGUUCGGUCGUCAGGUCAAGUACAACAUUACUGGUGAUGAGACAUCCAUUACGUUUAGGGCGCCUUGGUCAGGAGCAAAAACCGGUAAAUUUAGUUUCCACAUGAUGGAUAACAAAAGUUAUGUUCUGGGAGCUACUUGCUGGGAUGAUAACGAAGCAUCGUGGGCCGUCCUUUCAACCGUGCAGAAUUUAGAACCAAAGAGUCGAACUGAUAUCUUGAAGUAUAUAAAAUCUCUGGGAUUUGAUGAAAACAAAGCAGUGGAUGAAAAUUAUGCAUAUUGUGGGCUUAAUCAAUUACUCCUGACUCCUAUUUCCUACAAUUCUCAGCAGCAACAUUUGUUACUUAGCCCUUAUUACAUUUAUUUUAAAUAAAUUUCACUAUUAUGAAUAGAAAUAACA